UUGCUCUCGCUUCGCAAGACGUUAGAGGCUAACAUGCACAUGGCCGACCUCUUCCCAGCGGGCAAUGUCUUUUGGGCGGUACACGAAAACGACAUUGACCCAAGUGCUUUACCUUCCUCUGCCGUCAAUGCAACUAUUGCCUCGUCAAAACUGCGACUGUUCCAAGUGGAGAGGGUAGAAAAGUUGAACCCAGAAGCCACAUUAGCCGUCGGCCAAAUUGUGGCCAACGCGAAUUAUAUGGAGGUCCUCGCCAGUCCUGCAUCCACGCCCAACUCGAGGGCUGUUCGUGAACUCGUUUCCAAGCGCGAGGCCGAAAUCCAAGCUCUCGAAGCAAGGAUCUUGAGAAUGGAUUAUGAAGCAGACCAAGAUAUGUACCAACUCCAGGAACGCCCGGCUCGUUCACUCCGAAAGCUUCAGAGUCGAGAGAUGCGGCGCAUGGGCGAGAUUGAGAAAUAUGUAGUCUCGCGAACAGCUCUACUACUGGAACAGCAGGAGCCGAUGCGUCAGAGAAUCAUAUGUCUUAGAAGAGCCAACGAAUUGUCGAAAGCAUCCAUCGCCGGUAUGAACAAGACCCCCAGCGAAGUAAUUAGUCUCAUCUUUAGGGAGUAUAUCGAUUCGAAUCACUCCGUAUGGGACCUAGUGGGUGUUUGCAAGCACUGGAGACAUCUUGCGUUCGGAACCCCUCAUCUAUGGAAAUUCAUCACCAUCACGUCUCCUCAAUUAGAUUUUGAGAGAGACCUGGAAGUGAUAUUUCGAAAGGGGCAGCGACAUGUCUGCUAUCGGCAUAGCCAGUUCAUGAAAAUUUUGGAUCGAUGUGGUUCAGUUGCGCUGGAUAUCGUCAUCGAGUGGCAACUCUUUUGGGGCAAACAGUUCGACGAAAUUGUCAAAUGUCUCAAGCUGCUUACUCAUCCCUCAAUCAUGAAUAGAGUCGAAUCUCUUACCAUCAAUGUAGAGGCUCAGGAGCUUAUGGAUAUCCUUCCAGACUAUUUUCUUUCAACAUCGUUUGAAAGGUUGCAGUACCUUACGAUUGGGAAGCAUGUUUCGCCUGGCUGGCACAAGAAUCUCUUCCACGCCAUAUCCAGAACAUCAAACAAACUGCAUACAUUCAAAAGCCAUUAUCCUGCCGAUAGUAUCCCGCUGCCUACGCACAUUUGGUUGGGAAUCAAAACACUCCAGGUCGGUUCUCCCCUCAAACUGGAUACUAUGGACGAAGUCGUGAGGAGGUUCUCUCACGUGGAACAUCUCACAUGCCUAUCAUACUACUGGCCAGACGGCGAGAGUCCAUGCAUCACGUUCCCACACCUCCUAAACGCCUCUUUCUUAUGUCUCCCUUCCUCCAUUCGACUCCUUGACUUGCCAGUCGUACAGAAAUUGCGAGUGUCCGAACAUAUAUGGGGCCCUUCGGAAUCGCCUACCACAAUCCUCAACCUCAUGGAUUUUCCAGAGCUCAAGUCACUGGAGGUAACAUCCCUGCAGCCAGAUAGAUGGCUCACGAACAUUUCCAUGCCAAAGCUAGAGGUUCUUCGUCUCGUCGUUCCCAAUGAAUCCAUAGGCCCGGCCACUCUGAGGGGGACCUCCCUCGAAACGUUUUCAGCCCUGCGAACACUCUAUAUCACCACAAAGGCAGCGGAACCAUUUGUAAUAGGGCUUCUAGAGCUGUUACCAGGUCUCACAUCUGUUACAUAUGUUCCAUCACUAUGGCUCUCAGGGUAUGGUCGAUUGAUCGUACCUCGCUUGUCGGAGUUUAACGAAGGCUUUACGUGCUCUCCAAAUCUCAAAGAGUUGACGCUAGGAAAGCUCAAAGAAGGCUACAUAUUUACAAGAAAAUGGGAGUUGGAACCGAUGAUCAAACGGCUCGUCAGGACUAGAGCCAAGCAUCGUGCUCCGUUGGCCAAACUUGAAGUUUUGUGGAGGAAAA